GUUCUCGAACCUAACCUCAACCAAGCUUCCAAUGCCGAUGCAAACCAUGAUUAAAAAAUACCACUCCACCAACAUGUCAUCGCACAUUUUACUUUUCGCGAGGUACCUGCGCGGUCUAACCUAGUGUUUCUCUUUACUACCUAUGUACCACUGUUGUCAUGAUGGCGGUAUUCCCGGCCGAAAAUUUUCACUUCGGAUGGAGUCAACGGGUCGAAGUAUCGUGACUCCAUCCACAUCUGAUCGCGCGGCGCGAAACUUUCGGCGGGUCAGAGUCACAUUAUAUCCCGGGUCACUUCUCCCACUCUCUCACCACCGCUCUCUAUUUUGAUUUCUAUGUGUCAAGGGUUACUUUUCAAACUCGCUCGCCCUAAUACACCAGUCACGACCUGUACUUGUGCGUGCAAGUAACUCUCUAGGCAUGGAUUCACCGACUGUAGUUGGGGAAGCCCCGAACAGGGCCAUGGGAACAUCGCCUUUCGAAUCUGAGAAGAAGGCCGUAGACACAGAUGUGGCUGCAACAUCGCUCGAUGGCUCGCAGAAGGACCUCGAGGCCGGCGAGGAGGGCCUACAGCGCGGCUUGAACAAAUGGCACCUCCAGUUCAUCGCGAUAGGAGGAACCAUCGGCACAGGACUUUUCCUCGGAAGUGGAAAUGCGCUGGCCACCACGGGCCCGGUCGGGUGUUUGAUUGCCUUUCUCUUCGUCGGUACCAUCGUAUACUCGAUUAUGGUAAGCCUGGGCGAGAUGGCUACCUUCAUGCCCGUCGCGGGUUCAUUCACGGCAUACGCAUCACGCUUCGUAGACCCCUCACUCGGUUUUGCCUCGGGUUGGAUCUACUGGUUUAGCUGGGCGUCGACUUUCGCGCUCGAGCUCGUCGGCUCGGGUCUCGUUAUUCAGUAUUGGGACAAAACUCUGAGCGUCGGUAUCUUCAUCGCCAUCUUCUGGGUCGUCUUCGUGGCUUGUAACUUGCUGCCCGUCCGCUGGUUCGGAGAGCUCGAGUCAUACUUCGUGUCCAUCAAGGUCAUCACCGUCAUCGGCUUCAUCAUCUUCGCUAUUGCUAUCGACGCCGGCGCCGGUCAACACGGCUACCUCGGGUUUGAUGCCUGGGUACACCCGGGCCCUUUUGCCGAAUACAUCGUCUCCGGAAACAGCGGCAAGUUUGUUGGAUUCUGGUCUGUCCUUGUCACGGCAGGGUUCUCGUACCAGGGCACCGAGCUGGUGGGCGUCGGUGCAGGUGAGACAUCUAAUCCAUCGAAAACGGUACCUUCGGCUAUCAGAUGGACCUUCUGGGGUGUUUUCACACUUUUCAUCGCUACUAUUUUCUUCAUUGGCAUCACAGUGCCCUCCGACAACCCAAAUCUGCUCAGCAACGCCAGCGACGCCUCGGCGUCCCCUCUCGUCAUUGCUGCGAAACUAGCUGGCGUACCUGUCCUCCCCCAUAUAAUCAACGCCGUCCUCCUCACAGCUGUGCUGUCCGCUGCCAAUUCCAACGUGUACUCGAGUAGUCGGAUUAUGGUCGCCUUGGCUAGAGAUGGACAUGCGCCGGCUUUCUUGGCGCAGACCAACCGCUUUGGUACGCCGCAUUACGCUGUUCUUUUCUCAGGCAUCAUCGGCCUACUCGCUUUCCUCAACCUGUCCUCUAGAGGCAGCGACGUAUUCGACUGGUUGUUGAAUAUUGUAGGUAUAGCUGGAUUCAUCAGCUGGUGCGCCAUCAGCAUUUGUCACCUUGUAUUCAUGCGAGCCCUACGAUCGCGCGGCAUAUCCCGAGAUACCCUCGCCUUCAAAGCACCAUUCCAGCCCUGGCUAACCAUCUACGGCCUCUUUUUCUGCGUGUUGAUUACUCUCACGAAUGGGUUUACUGUCUUUAUCAAGUGGAGUACUAGCGAUUUCUUUGCGGCGUAUAUCAGUCUCAUCUUAUUCGCUGUUUUAUACUUGGGGCACAAGGUCGUCUUCCGCACGCGGUUCGUUAAAUUGGCUGAAAUUGACCUCGAACGCGACCGGGCCAGGAUGUAGGAACACGUGGAAUCAUGUCUUGUACCAGUAGUCUGCAUAUAAUGAAUAAUAACAGCGAGUAUUAAUCCUAGUUUUGAC